GUCAAUUUUUUACCCCAUCCAUUCAUAUAUCUCAUAUUUUGACUUUUAUUCAACUAUUUAGAUUUGAUCUUUCAACUAAAUAGACUCAAUUACUUAUUAUAUUAUCACUAUUAUUCAUUCAUCAAGUAUUUUCCCCUUCGUUUUAUCAUAAAAAGUAAAUUUGUACAUGUAUUUUUCUCAAAUAGAAUGUAAGAGUGGGUCGACCAGACCCGACCCGUUCCCGCGCGGGUAUUACCCACUCCGACCCGUACUAGCGUGGGGCAGAGCAUGGAUAUUGAGGUACCCGCCCCGCCCCGACCCAUUUCCAUCACUAGGAGAAAGUAGGUAAAACCAAAGAGAGGCGAUUUAUGAUAGCAGUUGGUGGAGGAUGGACCCUCUGUUGGUGGAUGCAAUGGACGACAAAAGUACAAAACAAAAAGUCAAUGAGAGGGUGUCCCCCAAUUGAAUAAUUCUUAUUCCAGGCACAGAGACUUCUGAAAGGCUUUGUUCCGUCUCAGCCUAAGCAGCAAGAAUAAAUUCGUAAGCAUACAUUGAUUCCAAAAUGCGGAAAGGAAAGGUUGGUUCGAGGACCCGUUGGCUGAGAUGAGUCCUUGACUUAGCCAUUUAUUGGAAUCCUUCAAGGAAUUUGUAACCAUCGAGAGAGGAGAUGGCAGCCUGAUAUUAAAAAAUCCAGUGACCAAACGUGCAAUUCAUUCAAAACAAAAAUGAAUUGAUUGACAACGGGUGUAAAAUUAACCCUAAUUAGUCGUAGUUCAUUUUUCUCAUGACCAGUACAAACACAGGUUGUAUCACAGUACCUGGCAAUCGAGUCGGGUUGGAUAAUUUCGGGUCAAGGCCUUCAGUUAUGGGUCAGGUCAAGUUACAUGUCGUUUCGGGUUGUGGGCGCUCUCAGAAACAAUAUCAAGCAUGCUUCAUAUUUUCUUAAAGAACACAAAUUUUCACACAUGCAUGAUAAUAGUUUACCUAACACAUGUCCAUUAACAUAUUCUCAAAUCCUCCCAUACUAAUUAAAUGAAAUACAAAUUGCACAAAUUGUCAAAAAACAAUCACAAGAGUAAUGCUACUACAAGAAACACAUGAUAUUUUAUUAUCCUUAAACUUCAAACGUGUCAUUCAAAUCCAUGCGAUUUUCUUCAAACAUCUCAUCAAUUUAUGAGUGAUUUAAUUAUUUUGGGAGUGAUAUAUAAAAUGGAGCGGGUCUAACGGUCCGACCCGCUAACCCACCCAACCCGACCCAAAAAUCACGGGUUAUCAGAUUCGGGUCAUUCGGAUUUCAUGUUAUUAAAACUUCUACUUUUCGGACGCGUUCGGAUCCGGUCAACGAGUCAGGUUAUAAUUUGCCAGGUCUACGGUCAGACCAUUCUAUUUGCAAAACCUGCACAACAACAUAAACCGGUUUGACAACUGCCAACUGGUGUAAGAUUAACCCUAGGUAUAGCUUCUAUCCCAAACGGCAGAGUUCAAUCGUACUCUAGAGUCAUGACCUCUGGCCUUUGAGCAUAAAUACCAACUAAACUCACCGUAACCCUUGGAGAGGAGAAAUAAACCCAACUCAGAGUGCGUCUGCGGCGGCGAUGAACCAAGAUUUCCCACAAGAUCUCAUCACUGACAUCCUGUGGAGGCUUCCGAUCGGCCCGUGGACUGGCCGAUUCUGCUGCGUCUGCAAAUCAUGGCGCACUCUCUUCUCCGAUCCCUCCUUCAUCCUGCGAGAGAAACCCGUGGAUUCUGGUCUUCGAAUCUUGAUCAACUCCUUCAACGACGACAAGAGGUCAGUUUACAGUUUGCACUCUGCCGACACACUCGAGCCCCUCCUUCCUUGUCCUCUCCAGCUACCCUUCAACGAAGAGAAGCCCCUCAAAGUCGUCGAAGAUAAUGACCAUUGUUGGAUUCCCCGGUUUACAAGAAUUGCAGGUUCCUGUAACGGCCUGAUUUGCAUAGCUGACGGUGAUUACGAUCUGAUUCUUUGGAAUCCGGCCACCUCCGAGACCAAGCUUGUGCCGCCUUCCCCUUUCCGCCCCAACUGGCAUCUUCAUACGGUUGGGUUUGGUUUCGAUCCAGAAACAGAGGACUACAAAAUCAUUAGGCAAUUUGAGUUGGACGAUGGCUCUUGGGGAUGCAGUUAUUUCUUAGAAGUUUACUGUCUAAGGACUGAUUCCUGGACAAAGCUCACCGAUGAUGAUAAUCGCUAUCACCUGCGCGUCUGCUACGACCAGAUGCUGCUGCAAUGUAACAAGGGAAAAUUGUAUUGGUGGCGCCAGAAGUGGAACCCGAAGUGUUUAGAGUUUGAGUCAUUCGCCAUUAGCAGCCACGAGUUCAGAACAAUUGAUUUGCGUUUGCCUUCUGGGAUUGAGGUGUAUGGUAAACUGGAAUAUCUGUUGAACGAGGAGUACAUGGUAGCUCUCUUUCCCCUUGAAGAUAAAGAAGCUGCUGAGGUGAGAAGCUAUGCCUCAGCUUCUAUGGAGAUAUGGGUGCUCUUGAAGUAUUGGGUACCUGAGUCUUGGACCAAACUGUUAGUUAUUGCGAACCCACCACCCGAAAAGAGGAUUUGGGGCUUCUCCGGAAUUUCGAGAAAUUUAAAGUGGUUGUUUUUAUCGUUUUGUGACUAUCGUUACAGUUACUUAAACCAGGAUGAGUUUCUUGUAACCAUUCGUCCAGAGACCGGAAAUUUCAACGAUUUUUAUGGUCUUGACAUUCCGACGAGAUUUCCGGUAACGGUAAUUAAUUAUAUGCCCUCUCGAGUUUGUCUGCGUGAUUACUGCGCGCCGUCCAGUUAGACAGCUCACUUGCGAUUGGUACUUGGUAGCCUGUUUUUUGCUUCUAUGUAUGUUUUGUCUGUUAAGUUAGGAACCAUUGAUUUGUUUCCAUCUAAGAGAUAUUAUUAAUAAAUUUGUCGAUUUAGCUGACUGACUUUAUAAGUGCGAUCCACUGAUCCUUGUGUGUGUGUAAAGGGAUUUUCGCAGAAAUUGCGAGCAAAGGACGACAGCACAAAUGUCUAUAUAGGUGAAUGUGAUGGAAUUUACUCUAAUCUUACUAUUUAGUUUUAAAAUAAAUCAUUUUCUGUUUAUUAACUUUUAAUUGACACAUCAGCAAUUUAACAUACAAACCUUAUUAUUGGCUGUCGUGUAGAACAAUGUUAAUGAAAGUAGACGGUUAUUGACCAAUGAUGAAAUAUUGAUUUGAAGUCAGGCAAUUACUAAGAAUAAUAAAUUUGUCAGGCGGCAAAAGUUUAAUAAAUUUAGUGACCUACG